AUGCUGGUGAUGGCAGGAGAGGAGGUAGCGGUAGCAGAAGAAGAGAAUAGAGGGGACGCAGAGGAGGAGGCAGGAAACGGGGAUACGAAGGAUGGAGCUGGAGCAGACGUCGUCGGCACAGAAAAGGCGGGGGGAGAUGAGGACGUAGCAAACGAAGGCACCGAAGGGCUUGAGGAAGCGGAAGGUGCGGCGGAUGCUGAGGGAAAAGGGAUAGGUUUGGGAGAAGAGACCGCCUGCAAGGAAAAGAGACCGGGGGUAGUAGAGGCGGAGGAUGGAGCAGAUGGCGAGAAAAGACUAGAGGUAGUAGAGGCGGAGGAUGGAGCAGAUGGCGGGAAAAGACUGAAGGUAGAAGCGGCGGAAGAUGGAGCAGACGUCGAGAAAAGACUGGAGGUAGAAAAGGCUGAGGAUGCGGCCGAUGAGGAGCCAAAGGUUGAGAGGCCGAAGAGAGAUGGGGAGGAACCGGCGGAGGAAGAAGCGCCUAGGGAGAAACCAGUGGCGGAAGAUGAGGCGGCGCCAGCGGCGGUGGGAGGAAGGGGACUUUGA